CACUAACGAUUCCCAAGUGUUCUGCGCAAAUUGGUAUUAUACUAAAUAGUAUAUAGAUUACGUUGUCAAAAGUACUUGAUGUGAUCUGUAUCUAAAUAUUAACAGUCAAAUGACUUUUACUUGGACAUUGUUUAAUAAUUGUUUUAUUGAAAAAAGACAAAGCUAGGAAUGAAAUGAUACCACAAUUGACAUGCACAAUAAAUAAAUUACUGGGAUUUUGAACAUCAGUGGAUAGUUUCAACGCCUGCAUCUUAUCGUGAUGUUAAUGUUAACUUUCAUACAGAAAACUGUAGUUUCUGGGAUAUUAUUGGAGUAAGAACAUAUAGUUUUAUUCGGAAUGGCAGCUAGAAAUAUUCGGUCGAGUGAAAAUCUAUCUUUUGAUCAAAUAAUGCAGAAGGAAAUUUUCAUCAAUUUUAUAAAAUGCAAUGAAACUGUUUUGCAGAAACCAUAUCCUAUUGACGGGCAAUUAUACUGCAAUGCUACAUUUGAUGGAUACACUUGCUGGAACCAUACUAAAGCAGGGACAAAGACCUAUGGAAACUGUCCAUUGUUUAUGGUUGAGAAAUUUGGCCAACAACCAGGACAACCUUUUAAAGAAUGUAAUACAGAUGGAACAUGGUAUAAACAUCCGCAUACCCAAAGGUCUUGGACAAACUAUGCUCCAUGCUCUGAUACUAUUAAAGUACAGAGAGCCAAUAAUGUGUUGUAUGCUUACUUCAGCGGAUAUGGUCUCUCCAUUGUGGUUUUGACUGUAGCCUUGUUAAUUUUGGCUUAUUUCAGACAGUUGAAAUGCACACGAGUAACUAUACACAAACACCUGUUUGUAUCGUAUAUAUUAACAGCCGUUUUUUGGAUAACAUACUACGCUACUACUUCAUUUGACCCUCAUGUCGUCGCAGACAACCCGGUAUGGUGCCGGAUACUGCAUGUUCUUUCACAGUAUGUCACAGUUUGUAACUAUGCCUGGAUGUUUUGUGAAGGAUUUUAUCUUCAUACUGUACUUGUAAUGACUUUUACAAACGAAAAGACAUUGCUAAAAAUAUGUUACCUAGUUGGAUGGGGCCUUCCAGUGAUACCUUCUGUUCUGUAUACAGUAUUACGUUCAACAAACACAGAUAUUGAUAACAGCUGUUGGCAUGAUGAUACAGUCUUAAUAUGGACAUUUUCAGGACCUAUUGCUUUGUCACUUCUAAUAAAUGUUAUUUUCCUAAUGAAUAUAAUACGCAUUCUUUGUUCAAAAGUGAAUGCUAAUAGACCGCAAUCAUUGCAAUCUUUAAGGCAAUCAUUAAAAGCAACCUGCAUUUUGAUACCAUUGUUGGGUAUACAGUACAUUGCUCUACCAUUCCGUCCAAACGAUGGAAACGAACAUGGACAAUAUGUAUAUGAUAUGGUGUCAGCCUGUCUUUCUUCAUUUCAGGGUUUUCUUGUAUCUCUUCUUUUCUGUUUCUUUAAUGGAGAAGUUCUGAGUUUGCUUAAAGCACAGAUUAGAAUGAUGCAACGAUGUAUAAGUUAUGAAGAGACUUUAGCGAGUUACAUGUAUGCAUCGGUUCACCAAUCUGAAGGUGCAAAAGACGUUGCUAACGCAGAACUCAAGGAAGAUACAAGACAAGAUAAACAGAUCACAGUUGACUUUUCUUUGGUUUAAUUAUAUCCAUUACUUUUCUAGAGCGUCAUGUUAUAAAUUAUUUAUCUGUUUAUAAAAUGUUGUUACAUAAAAAAGUACGUGAGUUCACUUGCACAACUAUUUGUUUAUAUUAAACAGUGUAAUUGUUCUUGUAAGAUACGGAUUAAAUAAAUAAAAAAAAAGUAUGCAUCUAAAUGUGUUUGAAAAAAACAUUAUCGAAGAUGAAAACUGGAUUCAGAAAUAAAUGUAAAGAUACAAUGCUCUUUAACUUUGUACAAUAUCAAUCUGGACAAUAGCAACCUUGAUAAUAGCCA